GUUUGUCAUUGCAGAAACUAAUCCAAAAACAUCGGAAAAUAGAAAAAUAAUUUGUUUAUAGAUAUAAUAUUCUUUUUAGUAACGUUUAUUCCGGUAUUUUUGGAAUAGUAAUCAUUUAUUUGAUUGUAGAAUUUUAAUAAGUUCUUGAAUAUAUCUUCAAGAUGGUGAAGAUCAUGAAAUCAGGAAAAGUUGUAUUGGUCCUUAGUGGCCGAUACGCAGGAAGGAAAGCUAUCAUCAUGCGUAAUUAUGAUGAUGGUACUACAGAAAAACAGUAUGGACAUGCUAUGGUAGCAGGUAUUGACCGAUAUCCACGAAAAGUACACAAAAGAAUGGGCAAAGCAAAGAUUCAUAAACGUUCCAAAAUCAAGCCAUUUGUGAAAGUACUUAAUUAUAAUCAUUUGAUGCCGACGAGAUAUACAGUAGAUUUACACUGGGAUAAAGUAACACCCAAAGACCUUAAAGACCCAAUGAAACGCAAGAAAAUUCGAUUCCAAACACGUGUCAAAUUUGAAGAAAAGUACAAAUCUGGUAAAAACAAAUGGUUCUUCCAAAAGUUACGAUUCUAAUUAAAUUUAAAUAAAUAUAAAUUUACAAAUA